CUUGUUUAAAUUGUGUAAUUUUUACUUCUGCAAUGUUUACAUUAAUGGUGCACUCAUUGCCGGUUUCGCUGCUCUUGAGGCCAGAUCUCUCUUUCUGUUAUUAAAAAAAUGUUUCCCAGUGUUGUUUGUGCUGUCGGUUCCUAUUUGAUUUUUUUGACUAUUAUACAGGCCAAGGAAAUCUCUUCGGGAAGAUGUGACAUUCCACCAUCUGCGCCCAAGAAAGUUGAGGAAAUUAUCAACCAGUGCCAAGAUGAAAUAAAACUGGCCAUAUUGUCAGAGGCUUUACAAGCAUUUAACGUCAACGAACACAGUCGCAGUCGUGCCAAAAGAGCAACUUUCAGUGAAGAUGAGAAACGUAUUGCAGGGUGUUUACUACAAUGCGUCUACAGGAAGAUGGAUGCCGUCAAUGAAAAAGGAUUCCCAACAGUACAAGGAUUGGUUUCCCUAUAUACAGAGGGAAUUUCUCAAAAGGACUAUAUUUUAGCCACUGUACAAGCUGUCAAUACGUGCCUGAUCAAAUCCCAGAAGAAAUAUUUAAUUACGCCACAGUCCAUUGAUGAAAACGGCAAAACUUGCGACAUCGCCUAUGACGUUUUCGACUGUGUGUCAGACGAGAUUGGUAAAUACUGUGGACAGAGGCCAUAAGAAGCAAGCUAUUAUUACUCCUUACCAAAUAUUUUUAAUAAUACCUACUUCUCCGAUGAAGCUAACAAAGAAAUUUGUUUUGACACAACUAAAGAAAGUUGCAUUGCAAAUAUCGCUAUUGGAGAAAUUGCACACAAAUUAGUAUUACUAAUUCACAAUGUACAUUUUACUUACGUAAUUAUAACCGGUAGUCUUCAAUAAAGCUUUCAAAAAUUUAA